CCAACCCCCUUCGCCGGAGAUAGGUAGGUGUGCAUGCGCUCCCUCCACGUCAUCAUUGCAGCGCAAUCUUUUUUAAAACAAAAAAAAUUCACCCAAAUUUAAUUUUACUUAUCCUUCUCCUUUCCAUUUAAUUACUAGUAAUUUUAAUUUUUUAAAAAUAAAAAAAAAUCCUUACCUAUAGAUUAAAAAAAAGAUUUGUAUAGUGUUUCCAAGUUCCAAUUGCCGCUUUAAAACGCAACAAUGCCAGAAAACAGAGUCAGGGCAAAGAGCGCUUACCGCUUAACACAGAGUCAGAGAGGCAACGCUCUUUGCAAUUUCAUUUUCUCUUUAUUAAUUAUUUGAGUAAAACAAAAACUGAAAACUUGUUGAAAUUAAUUAAAUCGAGGGCGAUUGGAGGUUGAGAAUGGAGGCAGGAGUUGCAUGCAAGUUGAACUAUCCGACAUGGAUCGACUCGGAAAGGUUUGGGAGGAAAUCGACCGGUUCUUUGCCGUUCGGUCGGAUACUAAAGCAAGAUCAGAAAGUUCGGGUGGUUGUUUCGGCUCACUUUCCGGUUAAGACAUCUUCUAAUCGGCAUAGAUCAGUCUCUUCCGAGGUUUCCUGCUCUUCAUAUAAGAACUUUUCAGCUUCAACAUUGGAAACUGGAAGCGUUCAAGUGCCUUAUGAUGAAACUUUAAUGUUAAAGAAUAAGUCACAAGAGAUUGAGCCAUAUUUAAAUGGAUACAGUAUAUAUCUUGUUGGAUUGAUGGGAUCUGGAAAAACCACAGUGGGAAAAAUUCUGUCUUACAUACUCAAUUAUUCAUUUUAUGACAGUGAUGCAUUAAUAGAGCAGGAAGAAAAUGGAAUGUCUGUAGCUGAAAUAUUUAAGCUUCAUGGGGAGAGUUUCUUCAGAAAAAAGGAGACUGAGAUAUUGCAGAGGCUUUCUUCAAAGAAACAACUUGUUGUUUCUACUGGCGGAGGUGCAGUUGUACAGGAUGAGAACUGGGACUAUAUGCAGAAGAAAGGAAUUAGUGUCUGGUUAGAUGUACCUUUGGAAGCCUUGGCACACAGAAUUGCUGCAGUAGGUACCCAUUCUCGCCCCCUUCUGCAUUAUGAAUCUGGCGAUCCAUAUACAAAGGCUUUAAAGCGUCUGUCUUAUCUUUUGGAACAGAGGGGUAAAAAUUAUGCUAAAGCAAAUGCCAGGGUUUCCUUAGAAGAAAUUGCAGGCAAACUAGGUUAUAGAGAUGUAUCAAAUCUUACUCCAACAGAGAUCGCAAUCGAGGCAUUGGAACAAAUUGAAGGGUAUCUAAAGAAAGUGGCAUAGCCAUGGCUGGGUUAUAGUUUUGACAGCUCUAAAUACGGUGAUUGAAUUUUAUAUUAUUUGUAGCAUAGCAUGUCAAAAAUGUUCCUAGUUUCUUUCUGUUUUUUCCUAUGCGAGCACUGCAUUACGUAGUUAACUUAUUAAGUUGGGAAAUUCCCCAUGUAUCGUGCUAUUGAUAUGAUGCAGUUGUAUAUGUUUGACAAUUAUCACUGUUUUGGCUUCUUUU